AUGGCCACAAACAACUUUCAAAACGCCAGGCAACGUUUCGGUGACUCCCCUCUUCAUGAUCAAGAGAUUCGUGCCUCAGAAUCUCCCUUUUAUACGCGGGGCUCUUGUUCUUUUCUUCUGGAUAAUCUUCAACAAUCUCAGCAAGAUCACUACUAUAUGAGCGAGCAAGGCUCAUCAUUCCACGGGCUACUUCGUCAAGACUCGCCGUUGUCGCCAGACAUGAAUUCCUUUGGGCUCGGCGGUCCAAAUUACUCCAAUACUUCUCAUGGAGGCUAUUACUCUGGUUAUACCAACAACCAGAACGCGGAUGUCUUCUACACUGGCACAAGCGGCACAACAGCUUGUCCAAGAAACCACCAGCAAUCAUACAGCCCAAAGAUGAUACAGGGUCUUGGCCUUUCAGAUCCGUCCUUGCAAUGCCAGCUGCGUGAUACAGAUCAGAACCUCAGAACCGGAAACUCGGGUGGCUAUUACAGGAGACAAGUCUCGAUGUCUCGGACACCUUCUUUGCCAGAUGCUGCGUCUUGCAAGGCUGAAGACGACGCUGAAGAUGAUGUUGCCUCGAACACAGAAGAAAGCAAAAUCGGAGAACCUUACGCAAAGCUCAUCCACCGUGCCUUGAUGGGCGCUCCAAGCCACUCCAUGGCUCUACAGGAAAUUUACCAGUGGUUCAUUGAUAACACGGAGAAGGGGUCUUCAGCUGGCUCUGGCUGGCGCAACAGCAUACGGCACAAUCUCUCAAUGAACGCAGCUUUCUGUAAAACAGACCGCACAAUCGCCUCGCCAUCCGAUGCACCCGCAAAGAAGACGUCGGAAUGGGUCCUUGCAGAUUGGGCCAUCGCAGACGGUGUCACUCCCACGACUCGUUACCGCAAGACCACCUCAAAAAAGUCAGCACGGCCAGACUCGCACGGCGCCAUGAACGCAUCACGUCAGAACGCCGGCAAGAAAGGGGGAAGCAUGGCCGGACGAACGAAGACCCUGAGAAUGACCCAAGGUCGCAGCCUAGGCUUUGAUGGGCAGGCCUUGCGAGCGAGGGAUGCUGAGAGGGACAGAGAGGCGCGCAGGGAGAGGAGGAGAUAUCACCAGUUACGCACCAUGGCAACGCCACCGCAGGAGGAUUCGGAACAGCGUCCGUUCUCGCCAACGACACCAACAGCCGCAGCUGGGAUGAACGUCGCCAAUCCGUACUACUUCAAGGAUUCGUCGUUUGAGGGCAUGGAUGUGGCGGUGUAUGAUAUGGGCCAUGUACAGGGUGUGUAUACAGGGGAUGAUGGGCCAGUGUUUACUCACAAUGGGUUACCCAGCUUUGACGGUGAGGGGUUAUGGCCGGGGAUGCAUGGGCACUAG